CGGCCCCUCCCGGUGCGGGAGGAGACCUGCUGCGGAGUGGGUGCGCGGGAGUGGGUGCGGCCAGCGUGGCGCAGCAGACUAGGGUUGGGGGUCACCGCCUUGCACCCCGUGGGCCCGCUGCGCAGACCCCGAGCCCCGCACGCGGGUGGCUUUGCUGUGGCUUGGGCUCGGCGCCGCGCCCCCUUCCUCCCCAGACGCGCACAGUCUUCUGUGGCCCGGGACCCCGCGGACGGCCGCGCGGGGCGCGUUUGCACCGAGCCUGGGGCGCGCGAUGCCACUUGGUCUGACCGCCCCCCUCGAGUGCCGCGCCGGGGACCCAGCCCGCGUCUGAGCGGCACCGGCUGCGCGCCGGCUGCGGAGAGCCCCACGGCAGGACCCCGAAUCGGCCUCUCCUCCAACAUCCCACUGCUGCUGCCCCCAGCGUCCGGUGCCUGGACCUCUCCCUGUCCCACCUCUCAGCAGGGAGCACAGGAUGAAGGAAGGCAUGUCUAAUAACAGUACCACCAGCAUCUCCCAGGCCAGGAAAGCCGUGGAGCAGCUGAAGAUGGAAGCCGGCAUGGACAGGGUGAAGGUCUCCCAGGCAGCCUCGGACCUCCUGGCCUACUGUGAAGCCCACGUGCGGGAGGACCCCCUCAUCAUCCCAGUGCCUGCCUCAGAAAACCCCUUCCGGGAGAAGAAGUUCUUCUGCACCAUUCUCUAACACCCAUGGUCAUGAAACGGGCCCUUUCCUGCUGUCAAAGUCCCGAGUAGAGACCGUGCACGCUCCUCCCAUGUAGAGGCAUGCCUCCCAUACACACCCCAUCUCUCUCCAACCAAUCGUGAUCUAGGCUCAUCUUGGUUUACCAUAUUUUCUUCAUGACAUUGUUUCUUCUUCUUUCUUCUUCCUCUUCCUCUUCUCUUCCUCCUCCUUCUUCUUUCUUCUGGUUUCACUUUUGUUAUUUCCAUCUAUAGAGAAGAAAACAGACAUUUUUAUAGUCAAAUAACAAAUGUGCCAUGUAAAAAUGUAGAUUUAAGGGUCUACAGUUUUUAAACAUUAACCCUCAAAUGUAAAUAUAUCCAGUUAAUAAAUUUCAGUGGGUAAUUCAUUGAAAUUGAAAUCAUGCCCAAGUGUCUCCCACGCACAGUAAUUCAGUAUCAAAAGAGAGCAUGUCAGCCAGCCACAUGUGAGGGUGAGGUCUCUUUCUCCUCUGGCCUCUCUAUCUUAGGAGUCUUCACAGGCCAUGUGCCAGACCCUGUAGAUGGCCAGUGUCUCCACCUGCCUCUUACUGAACAUUCCAGAGCUGAUGCUUCUGAAGAAGCAUUUGUGGUAUAGACACUAAGGCAGCCUUGCCUGUAGAUACUCACCAGGACAGCCCCUCUGGGCCACCUCCUCAGUCCCAAUGCCACUCUUCCUGCCCGCUUCCUCCUGCUCGGUGUCUCUAGUAAGGUGAGGCCCUUGGGAGUCUCAGCAGAGACAGCCCUGCCCUCAAGCAGUGGAUCAGAGUCAGUCACAUGCCACUUACUAAUCUGAGAAGUUAUGGCUGUUAACAUCUCUAAUCUGACAACGAAUACCAGUGUGGUUUGUUUUAGAGAGGGAAUAUCCGAAGGACAGAGAAAUGACGUUUGCUCAAGGCUGCAGACAGUGUAGGCAAACCAUGACUUCCAUAUGUGGGUAGUCCAUCCCUGAACCCCUCCCUGAACCCCUGAACUGUGGCCGCCUGUUGCAUCUGUACAGAUCCACAAACAAUCCUAACUGCACAUGAGGAAGGAAGCAAACCCAUUUGUCACACUGACUGACAGCACACUUCUCUCCCACCUCUGCUGGGAGAAGUCUCACGAGCCUAGAUUCUAGCAGUUUGUCAUAGCUGAUAUGUGGGUGCCCUAAGACCAGAUAGCAGUAAGCCCUGGGAUUUUCCAAGAUGAGGCUAUGGACCCAGUCUAGAAUACCUCCAUGCCCUCCUGAUAAAGGUGCAGUUGCUGAGCGCUCAGUGAGGACUUUUGUUUUGUGUGUUUGGAAACUGCCGCCCCUCUGGCUCUGGGAGAGGCUUGCUGUGUGCUGCUGGGCAAGCCGUUGUGUGCCAAGCUGUUCAAACCAGCAAACUGCAGGCAAUGUUAAUUACCCAUCUUGCCCUUCUGCCAGGGCAGAAACCAAGUAAGGCUCUGAUUAUCCUCGAAAAGCAAUAUAUGCUAGAUGACAGCCUAUAACAUUGGGAAGAGUAUGUGACUUCCUAGAUCCCAUGGUUCUGGUGAUGGGGAAUGUAUCAUUUUUAUUGCAUUAUCAUGGGUCUGUGCCUUGCUACCCUUUCUGGCAGCUUUUGUGGAAACCGUUCUUAGUUUUACUACUGUGCGUGAGAUGAGAGGCUAAGAUUCCACGAGGUUUUGUUGAGCUAUAACAAGAUCUCGUUAUUCUAUGACCCAUGUUGGCAUCAUUAACCCGAGAGAGGAGACCAUGGUCCACAAAAGCCAAGGAGUGUGAUAGUACCUAGGGUGGCAAAGUAGGUCGGGAGAACAGUGUGCUGGAAUCUCCUCCCAACCUGUCUCUGUUUUACUGUCUCCAUUUCCAACCACCUUUCUGACAUUCUCCUGUAGACGGUGUGUCCACUAGUAACUGUCCUGGGAAGACGCUCCCAUGCCACACCUUGUACCCACUGAACUUUCUCACCCCCAACACCUUUCUACUUAUCCCUAGAUUUCUGUUCAUUCCUGGAGUCUCUGAGAGCCGUCCAGUAAACUCACUCCAUGAAAUACCCUCAUUUGGAUGUAAAUAUUGUGUGGGUUGACAACUUCACUCCUGAGAAUAUCCUCGACAGAAAUGUGUACAUAUCAUCAAAAGAAACGUGCUAGAGUGGCCAUGGAGGCACUGUUCAUAGUAACCCCGAAGCAGAAGGCCUUCCUCUUCUGCCCAUGUUGAAAGGAGAAGCAGAUGAGGGUCAUUCACAUGGUGGACUCCUGCCCAGCCCCAGAAGGGACUGUCUCAGCUCCACCCACAGCUCACUGAGAACCUUCCAGGCCUGGUGAGGGGACUGAGAGCAGGCUAGUCCAAGUCUCAGUUCCAUUUUCACACAGCACAGGCCUGGAAGGCCAACCCAGGCUGACUCAAGGAGGAACAGUAGCUUCUCUCAAAGGGGCAACAGAGAGGGCACACAAGAGGCUUCUGGAAUGUUCUGUCUCUGUAUCUAGCUGCCUGUCACCCUGAUAUGUUUAGUUUGUGAAAACUUUCCCAGCUGUCUAAUUUUGGGUGCUUUUCUGUAUGUGUGUUAUACUUCAAUAAAAAGUCGGGUUUGUGACUACCAA